AUGGAAUGGGGCCUACUAAGACUAGCAAGCAUCCUCGCAGAGUACGACUACCAAUGUCUUAAUCUUUUAAGCUGUAUGACACUAGACAAUGAGAAAUGCCACGCCACCGUCCACGCCAAGAAAGUGAAAAUCUCCAAGCUUGAAUAUGCAAGGACUUUCGGUGCAACAAUGAAGGAGAGCGUCAAACGUGCUGCUCAGUGGGCUGCAUAUUGUCCAUAUUACCACGAGUCGAAGGUCUUGGUACCCAAAUACAACAGAUUCCCUUCAAAAUGUACCAUUGAUGGCACACCAGUCUACCAGCGGUCAGUCUUACUUCAAAUGACUGUGAGCUUUUUCGCAACUCUCUGUGAGCUUUUACGCCUCUUUUUAAAUUUCGGAUUGGACGAAGGUGAAGAUUUGCACGAUGUCGAUCCGAAUGAGGAUGCAAUCGACAGCAAUAACCCUGACGAAGGCCAGGACGAAUUCGAUGAAAGCAGUGACGAGGACGUUGACGUCAGUGCCGAUGAUAAUACUUCACAGGGGUCAACAAGGACAGCAAGAUGA